AUGAGCCAAUUUCAACCCAUUUCAAGUGCUAUUGAUGAUAUAACAGUUUACGAGUUCGACAUGCAAGCUAGUCAACAAGUAUCAGAAUGGCGUCUUCCAACUGAGCUGAUAUCGAAAAAAAAGGUUGGUCAAGUUGGUCAAAUAUUCAAGAAGAUCGCCCAAUCCUACUUCCGACCCAACACGCCGGCGGCGAUAGGAGCUAUCGUAAGUCGUCCGGCUUGUCUACAGGCGCGGCGGGUUCAGCGACGGCAUCACGCAACCCGUUAUCUUCAUGAUUGCGGGAAUGGAUCAAACCUUGCUCAGGAAAGCACAAGUCGCCGCCGACAAACCCCGGCUGACAGCCGCAUAAACCACGCCGAUCGCAGCAAGAUAUUACACAAUACGAGAGUUUCGCGCCACCAUCUGGCACCGGAGAUCGCGCUGCAUUUAAUAACGCCGGAAUGUACCAUUUAUCAUGAACCCAUCGGCGAUGACUUCUGCUUUGCCGCUGAACCCUUCUGGGGAUUUUUCUGGCCUGGAGGUCAAGCGCUAACGAGAUACAUUCUGGAUAACAAGUCACUGUUUGCGGGGAAGAAUGUGCUGGACAUCGGAUGCGGCUGUGGAGCAUCGUCGAUUGCCGCGAAGCUGGCGGGGGCAAACCGUGUGACCGCCAACGACAUCGAUGAAACUGCUUUACAAGCCACGCUUCUGAACGCGGAACUCAACGCUGUGACGGCAGGUCUCGAUGUGAGCAGUCAGAAUCAGAUAGGGCAGCCCGUUCGUGACGGAGUUUAUGACGUGCUGCUCAUUGGCGAUCUUUUUUAUGACGCUGAAAUUGCGAACGUGUUGAUGCCUUGGUUGUAUCGCUUAACGGCUUCACGGAAAAGUAUCUACAUUGGUGAUCCGGGUAGACAUGGUUUGGUUGGAACGAAGCUAAAGCACAUGACUCAACUAGCACGCUACGAACUGCCGCCUAAUGUUUGCAUAGAGAAUAACGGAUUUUCGCACGCGAACGUUUGGGAAUUCACUGGCGGUGAAGCGGCGUAGCUAACUUGGCAACAAUUCACAGUUUGGCAGCUAUGUCGUCAAUGCCAUUGAAUAAUCACUAUCCUAAGUAUAAUUGCAUUCAUUGUGAUGUAGUGCGAUAAUUUUACGAUCUAGGAAUACGUUAUCCAGAGUGGUUUUAUGAAUGAGUUAAUGGUUGGUUAGUCAUGAAUCAUUGCCAAAAUAAAAAACAGUUGCGUGGAAAGUGUAGCUUAUAUGAUAAAGCUGAGCUAUGCUAUCGAUAUCGAUAUAUGACUACACCUAAAUUUUAAUAACGUCGGCUCUGCUUUUAUAAAUGUUUUCAUCGUGUUUAAUCAACUCGAGAAAUAGAACGACACUGUAAAUAAAUCAUAAUCGAAAAUGUAGAGAAAUCGAUGAUGCCGUGUUAUUUUCAAAACACUUCUUUUACAACUUAAAUGCAUUUUUAUUCAGAUGUUUUGCUAUUUGCAUACAUAUUUUACAGUUCAAGUGACACAGUCUGGGCUUUACAUCUUUGGUUCAGUAUUUUCAAAACAUUAACAUUCUUUGUUUAUGAAGCACUAUAGGCGUUUGAUUGAGUUAAAAACUAUUCAAUGCUGAAUAGCAGUAACAGUAACUUUCAUGAUAGUGUAUAGUGUGAGUUCAUUAAUUUUUACGUAAUGUUCUGCGUAAGUACAUUGCUAACGUCAAUGUUGAGCGAAACUAUAACUAUUGUAGUUCAUACUUGCAAAAUUAAGACCCGUUGAGAGAGUUUUCACCGUUUGCCAAUAGAUGUCGCUACACGAUGAGUGCGGAUGAUUGAGUAUGUAGGAAAAGUGGGGGAAAGGUGUUCACCCUAAGGAAUUGGCACAUUUCCUCCGUCUACAAACCGCUACAAUCCCCGUCUUUCAAAGAAUAUUGUAGAUCAACUUGUUGAUGCUCAAGAUACAAACGGUGUUUACUACAUAAAUUGAAAAUAGAUAAUUUUUCAUUAUUAGAAGAAAGAUAAAAAAAAUGAUUUUUAGUGUGAAGGUAAAGUUGUUACCAUUAUGGAAAUGGCAGGUACACGCAUGGAAUAAAUUUCACGAUAAAUUCCUUAAAUUUGAAGCGCACUAACCUACGGCCGAAUGACUACCGAGAGAGCGAAUUCUGUUUUUAUUUAUAUUUCUGACAUGCGAAAGCCCUACUGAAGUACAGGGUGGCCCAGAAGUUAUGGAACUCUUCAAAGAUAAAGAGUAUCAAUGCGGCCGACGAUUGAUGCUACAGAGAAUUUUUAUUUUCGAUGUAUUAACAGACAAAAUUGACUGCAGCUAUCUACUUCGAAACGUUAGCCUACACGCACCAUCCCGACAGCUACGCCACCAUCGAGUCCUUGCGAUGCCUAAUCACCGUACCAUAUAUGGGCAAAAUAAUCCAUUAGACGCUUGCUGCCGCGUCUUUAACGAGGUAUCUGAACUGUUCGAUUUUAAUAUUAGUAGGUUAAUCUAUAAGAAUAGAAUUAAGUCCCUAUAAGCAGUCUGUACAACCAUUAGGUCGAAGACGUUUGACAUUAAGUAAGUAAAUAAAUAAUAAUAUAUAAAAUAACCCAUAUAUAAUAUAUGGGUUGUUUUCGUAUGUGUUACAAAAUAUGACUGCUUUUUUAACACAUGAGGGACCGCACGUUUUAAGCCAAAUUUGAACGCUUCAUUUGUUCGGAUGCCAUGAAUUAGAUCGUUUCCUUCGAUGUGGAUGAGACGAAGGCGAGCCAUCGGUAGGCCUUGUUAGAUUCUUGGCAAAUCAAGAGGUAGAAAACACGGGUUAUUUCGUGAUCCAUCCGUAACAGACGGAACGUGAAACACGAGAUAUCUCGUGA